CCGCCGACUGCGACUCCCAGGAUGCCUCGCGCCCGCCUUUCCGCAUGAGGCCGGACGGUUGAGGGUAACGGCAGCGGCUGGAAGCUGGAGGCCAGGCCUGGCCAGGCUGGGCGACCCGAAGGGAGCCAGGGCCGGCGCUGGUCCCAUCGUUCGCACCUCCGGGGGCACGGCGCGUAACGGGAGGCUUCAGGGGCUGAGAGCGUUACAGGCUGCGCUCGGGAGCCAGAUAGGCCGGGCGCUCAGAAGGGUGACGCAUUGAGGGUCGCGGAGUCUCGGGACGGAGGGGCGACUCCGGUUAGGGGUCUUGCUUAGAGGUGGUCUGGGGAUCUGUAAAACGCCUGGCAUGGAGUCGGCUGAAUACAUGUGGGGACGGGGUUACUCUGUAGACCUUUGGCCUUGGCAAACACGCCUAGAAAAUCCCCAUAGUCUGAGAAGCCCCUACAGGAUCGAUGGGAGAUGCCAGAAGUUCCUUGAUGUGUUAUGGGACACAUUUGGACUUGUAGGUCGUGAAGUCGCCAUUGCAGAGAAAAAGAAACACAAGGCCGGGCACGGUGGCUCACGCCCGUAAUCCCAACACUUUGGGAGGCCAAGGCGUUUGGGACGACCCUGGGCAACAUAGGGAGACCCGUCUCUACAAAAAAGUUUUAAAAUUUGCCAGACAUGGUGGCGUGUGCCUGUGGUCCCAGCUGCUAGGGAGGCUGAGAUUGGAGGAUUGCCAGAGCCCAAGGAGGUCGAGGCUGCAGUGAGCUGUGAGAGCUGUGAUCGUGCCACUGCACUCCAGCCUGGGCAACAGACUGAGACCCUGUCUGGAAAAAAAAAAAGAAAGAAGGCCAGGCGUGGUGGCUCACACCUGUAAUCCUAGCACUUUGGGAGGCCGAGGCAGGCAGAUCACGAGGUCAGGAGUUCAAGACCAGCCUGGCCAACAGUGAAACCCCAUCUCUACUAAAAAUACAAAAAUUAACCGGGCAUGGUGGCACGUGCCUGUAUUCCCAGCUACUCGGGAGACUGAGGCAGGAGAUUCACUUGAACCCAGGAGGCUGAGGUUGUGGUGAGCCAAGAUCGUACCACUGCAGUCCAGCCUGGGCAACAGAGCAAGACUGUCGAAAAAAAGAAAAGAAAACACAUGUAUUCAGGGUGGGCUCUGUAGGUAAGCCCAGAUAACCCUUGUAUUCCAAUAACAGGACAGGCCAACACCUGGGACAUAGAGAGGACCCCUCUGACUCCUUUCUUCCAGGACAUCCUGUAGGGAGUAUGAGCCUGAUGUGGGCAGAAUCCAGAUGAGAUGGCCAGUGCUGUGAAGGAGCUGCGAGCACCCCCAAGAGCCGUGAGAUGGCGCCAAAAACCAAGAAGGGAUGGAAAGGCUCCAUUGAUGAUUUACCUGAUGACCUUCCAGGGGAUGAUAUGACACUACCUGAGAAGCCUGUUAAACUAGCUUCACAUACCCGAGACACCACAGGUGUAUCUCAGAUGUUCCCGUCUUCAAAGGCUAGAACAAAGUCCCUCCUGGGUGAUGAUGUCUUCAGCACCAUGGCAGGCCUGGAAGAAGCUGAUGCUGAGGUUUCAGGUAUCUCAGAGGCAGAUCCGCAGGCUCUGCUCCAGGCCAUGAAGGACCUGGAUGGCAUGGAUGCUGAUAUCUUAGGUCUGAAGAAAUCUAAUCCAGCCCCUAGCAAAAAAGCUGCAAAGGACCCUGGGAAAGGAGAGCUGCCCAGCCACCCCAAGCCUGCAGACAGUGAAGAUGCGUGGGGUGACAAGGACUUCACCUUUGGAGCCUAUCAGCCCACCGUGGUCUCCUCUGAGGGCCAGCAGUCCCGCCGGCAGUCUGUCAGUAGGUUCUUAGCAGACAGUGGCCCAGACCCCAAGGGAGAACCAGGCUCCAAACAGAACCCUCCAACGGCUUCCAGCCCCAUCCAGCCCAGGAAGGGAGGAGCUGACUGGUUGGGCCUCAAGGACGAGGACUUGGACCUGUUGCCUGCCUCACCCACCAGAGAGGCCCGUCGGGAAAGCUCAGUGCCUGUCACGCCCUCAGUGCCUCCUCCUGCGAGCCAACACUCCAUGCCAGCUGGGCUGCCCCGCUCCAGGGCAAAGCCAGCAACUGAAGGUGCAGGGUCCCCUGCCAAAGCCGGCCAGGCUUCCAAGCUGCGAGCCUCCAAGGAGGAGAAAGAGGAGGACUGGCUGAGCCAUGCCCUGUCUCAGAAGAAGUCCCAAGGCCUGGCCAGAGAGCAGCAUGCUGGGACCUCUGAGGGCCUGAGUUUGGCGGGGACAGCAGGCCAUCCCCCUUCUGGCAGCCAACCUGUCACCAGCACACAAGGGCUUGGGCACGCAGCUGCUGGAGGGAGCUCCGGAACAACUGCACGAGAAAGACCGUGUGUCAGGCCUGGCGUCUUGAGGUCCCCUGUGACUCAGAAACAUGCCGCCUCAGCACUCCCUACAGGUUCCCCAAAGAGGGGAACAGCCCCUGGAGACCUCUCAGCCACUGAGCCUGCCACAUGUUUCCCGAGCACCCAGGAACCCACAGAGCCUUCCAUGCCCAUCCAGCCCCUGCUCCCAGAGUCCCUGGCCUGGAGCCUGCUGCUGGGCACAGAAUACCAGAAGCAGCUCCUGGCAGCACAGGUGCAGCUUCAGAGCAGCCCCACCGAGCUCCAGGCCAAACUGCUGCAGAGCCAGGCCCGGCUGGCAGAGCUGGUGGCCCAGGUGCAGAAGCUGGAGCUGGAACGGGCCCAGCAUGAGCUGCUGCUGGGGAGUCUGCAGCAGCAGCACCAGGCAGACCUGGAGCUCAUCGAGAGUGCACACAGAAGCCGCAUCAAGGUGCUAGAAACAUCGUACCAGCAACGGGAGGAGCGGCUCCGGAGAGAGAACGAGGAGCUGUCAGCUCGGUAUCUGUCGCACUGCCAGGAGGCCGAACAGGCCCGUGCUGAGCUUACGGCCCAACACCAGCGGCGCUUGGCGGCCAUAGCGCAGGAGAAGGACCAGGAAAUGGAGCGGCUCCGGGAGCUGCAGCGGGCGUCCAUCCUAGACAUGCGCAGAGACCAUGAGGAGCAGCUGCAGCGGCUAAAGCUGCUGAAGGACCGAGAGGUCGAUGCGGCCACCAGUGCCACCUCCCAUACGCGGUCCCUGAAUAGCAUCAUCCACCAGAUGGAGAAGUUCUCCAGCAGCCUGCAAGAGCUGUCCUCCCGCGUGGAGGCUUCGCACCUCACCACCUCCCAGGAGCGGAAGCUGGGGAUCCAGCAGCGUGACGAGCAGCUGCGGGCACUGCAGGAGUGGCUGGGCCAGCAGCAGCGGGACAUGGAGGAGGAGCGGAGCCGGCAACAGGAGGUCAUCGGGAAGAUGGAGGCACGGCUGAAUGAGCAGAGCCGGCUGCUGGAGCAGGAACGCUGGCGGGUGACUGCCGAGCAGUCCAAGGCGGAGUCCAUGCAGCGCGCCCUAGAGGAGCAAAGGAAGGUCACGGCCCAGCAGAUGGCCAUGGAAAGGGCGGAGCUGGAGCGAGCCAAGAGCGCCUUGCUGGAGGAGCAGAAGUCUGUCAUGCUCAAGUGCGGGGAGGAGCGGCGGCGCCUGGCUGCUGAGUGGGCGGAGUUCUCCGCGCAGCAAAAGCUGAGUAAGGAGCGGGCAGAGCGCGAGGCCGAGCGGGCGCUGCAGGUGGACACCCAGCGGGAGGGCACCCUCAUCAGCCUGGCCAAGGAGCAGGCUGAGCUGAAGAUCAGGGCCAGCGAGCUCCGGGCCGAGGAGAAGCAGCUGGCAGCAGAGAGAGCAGCCCUGGAGCAGGAGCGGCAGGAGCUGCGGCUGGAGAAGGAGAGGAUCAACGCCACCGCCCUGCGUGUCAAGCUCCGUGCCGAGGAGGUGGAGAGCAUGAGCAAGGUGGCCUCCGAGAAGUACGAGGAGGGGGAGCGGGCAUUGCGCGAGGCCCGGCAGGUGCAGGCAGAGCAGCAGGCCCGGUUGCAGGCGGUGCAGCAACAGCAGGAGCGGCUCCAGAAGCAGGAGCAGCACAUGCACCAGGAGCAUCUGAGUCUGGCCCAGCAGAGGCUGCAACUGGACCGCGCACGACAGGACCUGCCCUCCAACCUCGUGGGUCUGUUCCCCAGGGCCCAGGGCCCUGCAGCCUCCAGCCAGAGUGCCCUCAUGCCUCCUGCUCCUACCACCCGUUGGUGCAGCCAGCCACCGACUGGCCUGGACCCCAGCCCCUUGCACCUCCAUGCCAGGCUGGUGCUGCUGAGGCACAUGGCAGAGCAGGACCGUGACUUCUUGGAGAAUGAACAGUUCUUCCUGGAGACCCUGAAGAAACGGUCCCACAAUUUGACAUCUCAUUCAGCCUGAGUGGGUCCCCCGCCGAUUCCCCAACAGAGGGUUCAGACCCCAGAACUCUCCUGUUCGUCCUGCUGCCUCCAUGGAGGCAGUGCCUGGGGAGGAUUCUGAGAUGCUUGAGGCCUGAUGACAGCUCCUCCGUGGACAGGGUGCAAGUGCAUCCUUUCCAAAUGUGCCAGCCCGGGACAGCCCCUGCCUCUGGGGUUCUAUGGUGUAGGCUGUCUUACCACGGCUUUGGCUGCCCUGCCCCAAAGCCAUUGGCCUGGAUCUGAGGGUCUGAGUUGGCAGCAAGGACCCCCAGCUCUCACUGGGCUCUGUGAGCUCCCCCCUGCUCCACAGGUAGACUGUUGUGGACUCUGUUGGCCUGGGCCUCUUCUAAGGCAGGAGCUUUCUUGAGGGAUGCCACGAACAGCCUUCCCUACUCCCGGCCAGAGCAGUACCCUCCCUGAUGAGCUGGAGAAGGGCCCUCUGGCCUCCUGAUGGUACAGGGAGGGCACCAGCUAGAUCCUCCCUUGUGGUGUGAGAUGUUCCUGGAACUCAGCCGGGCCCUCCUCCUCCUGGGCUUGCCCAGAGCCCCCACCCUAUUCCCAGCACUGCCCGAAGAACCAACCAGUUUGGGUGAACAGUGGCCUCCUCAGCUUCCUCCCCAUCUGGGUGCCCCACUGGCAGCGGAGGGAGCUGUGACGAUGGUGGGGUGUGGGGAGGGACAAGGAGGGAAGGCACCUCUGUGCUGCUCACCUGCCCAAAGCCACAGCUCAGUGGGUAUGCAGUGGAGGUGACAAGGAAUCAAUCACAACUAGCAGAGAUUUCUUUGAUCCUCCUCCACUCCCGCUGCUUCACUUGAUUAAGCUUUAAAAGCCUGCUUUUGCCAUGGCUCA